GCAGAAUAUGGGAGGAUGUAAAAAUCUGUUUAUGUAACUAUAACUCAUGAAUCACUUACAUUAAUCUUUGCUUUAGGUGCACUGAGAGAGAGAAACGCCCAAGGACAAAGUCUCUGCAAUUUAGCAUAUGCUUACAGCCAGCUGAAAAACUAUGACAUGGCAGAGUAUUACUAUCAAGAGGCACUUAAUGCAUUUGUGGAUGUGGGUGAUUUAUAUGGCCAGCAACAAGUCUGCGAAGGAUUGGAUGCUACUAGUUUCUGCCUAGGUGACUCAGAUCAGGCCAUCUCUUAUUACAAACAAGCUCUGACUCUGUUUGGAAAGUCAAAGGAAACAUCUGAUCUCUCCAGAGAAAGGGUUUUAGGGAAACUGAGGGAUGCUGUUAAGUAUCAAACCAGUCAUCAGUGUCCUGUUUCAUGCAGAGAUAGCUUUUCAAACACAACAGCAGCUCAAUCUUCUCCCAAAGUUGCCAGAGAUGACCAUGGUUCUGUGCCGUCUGAACAAGAAACAUACCUAUAUGAUGAGCCACAGAACGAGUAUUCUGGUAAUGAAAAGAAACAGAGAGAUGGAUAUACUGAAAGGAGUGUCACUUCCAGAACAGAUUCAAUGUCAUCUCACCUUAUUCCACAGUAACAAAGGUGCUGGCAGAAAAACUGACCCUGGAGGAGAGAGGGAAACAGAACAGGAGGAUGACUCCAUUUCUGGGCACAUGAAUGUAGAAUCACAGAUGUGGGCCAGAGUCUUCAUUUCCUUACGUGUAUGUGCAUCUGGAGGAACACCACUGAAGUCAGUGGAGAUACACCAUUGUGAGAGCAGGAGAUGUAAGAGCAGACUCUGGCAACAUGGAGGAAGCACAGGCCAUUACACAUACACAGACUUUUUUUUAAAUCCUGUGGUAGAACAAAGGUUGUAAUAACCAAGAAAUGGUAAAACAUUAUGAAUCUAAGACAACACUGAACAUUAGGUUAAAAUAUAGGUAGGAUUCAAUGUUUAUCUUUAGGAACAUGAUAUUAGAUUGGUUUAAUAUCAAAGACAUUUAACCUGAAAUCAUUGAGGACAAUAGGGUUUUGCUAUUGACUUCAAUGGCAGCCCAGUUAGGCCCAAGCAAAGUGCAUUUAAAAAGAAGGGAGGAAUAAUAAUUUGUAUGAAAAAAUAGAACUUAAAAAAGUCUUCUUUGAAAUAAUAGCAACAAUGAUGGUGUCAUUUAACAUUUGUAUAGCUUCUUCCAUCCCAAAGGAUCCCAAAGCACUUUACAAAACUACUGGAUAAAACUGUACCUAGAGCAUCAACUACUGAGAAUGCAGCCACCUCUGGGAAGGAGAUUGGCAGACAACUGCUCUACACUGGGAUUAGAGGAUAUUUUAGUCAAGAACACAGGCUAACCUCUACUGUCAUGGAAGGUGUGUCAGACUAUUUGAUAGUCACACAAAACAGCAAGGUCUUCUUUGACUUUUAAGGUCUCUUCCAAAACACUGAAGUAAACACUGUAAUAAGUAUGCUAACUUUCUCAGUAUGUUGGUUCCACCCCAGGAGCUGUAAAUGCAAGCAAGACAAUUAACUCCUUGGAAAUGCCUCAGUUCAGCUGAUUAUUCUAGUUUCUAGUAAUUAAGAUUGCAUUUCAUGAUCCUCAGCCUUAUUAAAUUAGUGUUUACAGUUCUGUAUGCUACAAAAAUAAAACAUGGUUAUUUUAAUUAAAUUAUUCAUAAAUGGCAUUGGUUCCACCUCAGAUGUAUGUAUAAUGAGAACGGGACCAAGCAGACUCGUCAUUCAUCAUACAUUUUCAUGUAUUUUUGUCUGCUAAUUGGAGAUA